AUGGGUGAAUUCUAUGAUCAAAACCUAAAGUUAUCAGUGGGUAAUGGGAAGAGGAUUCUGUUUUGGACAGAUGCUUGGCAUAAUGGUAGAAGUUUGAAGGAGGAUUACCCCAGAUUGUAUAGCCUAUCCACUCAGAAGGAAGAAUCCUUAUUGCAAAUAAGUGCAAAAAAGAGUCUUGGGGUGUGGCAAUUUCAAUUUAGAAGAAGACUGCUAGCUUGGGAGGAAGAGGAAGUGAAGAGGCUGUCCAGAUUUCUGGAAACAUCUCCUGCACUCAAGGAGGAAAUUGAAGAUUCUUGUUCCUGGCUUGUAGAUAAAUCUAGGAAGUUUUCAACAUCCUCAGUAUGGUGCUGGUGGGCUGCAGUUAAACAAUCGGGUGUGAAGGUGCCAGCUGGGGUGUGGGAUUAUAUGGCAUCUCCAAAGAUGCAAUUCUUCUGUUGGUUGGCUUGGAGAGGCAGAGUAAAGACUUCGUCAUUCCUACAUAGGAUUGGGGUCUUUCCUGCUAAUGCAGUGUCCCAAUGUGUGUUCUGUCAAAGUGAGGAGGAGGCUUUGGAGCAUGUGUUUUUGUUCUGCCCUCUGGUUUGGAAUUGCUGGGCAGCCAUGGUCAGUUGGUGGGAUCAGUCUUGGGUAAUCCCGGGCUCAGUGGAGGGUUUGCUAAAAUGGUGGGUUGUGGGUAAAGGGAAGUCUUGGAUAUCUCGAGCUUGGCAGGCUAUCCCCUCUCUCGUGUUGUGGUCGGUUUGGAAAUUAAGGAACGAAUGUUUGUUUAAGGGUGUUGCACCAGACUUUGGAGGAUUAAGCGAGAGAAUGAAAGUUCAAAUAGCACUGUGGGUAAAAUGGUUUUUCAAGGUGGACUAUUCAGUUCACGAUCUGGUAUCCAAUUUGCACCAGAUAAGACUGAAUGCUGGAAGUCUUCACAAGCAUUAA